AUGGAGAAGUCUCCCGAACACUCCACCGCCGAGCCCAUCGACGUUCCCCGUCCCACAGGAUGGAUGUACAAAUCGCACGCCAUCGGCAAGUGGUCAACCAGCUGGUAUGCCUCGCCUCGCAUCCAGCUGGGCAUGGUCGCCUUCGUCUGCUUCCUCUGCCCAGGCAUGUUUAAUGCCUUGAGUGGCUUGGGUGGUGGUGGAAAAGCCGACCACACUCUCGCCGAUCAAAUGAACAUCGCCCUCUACUCGACCUUUGCUGUUGUCGGUUUCUUCGCUGGUACUAUUGUCAACCGUCUUGGAAUCAGACUGUCGCUUUCUUUCGGUGGUAUUGGUUACUGCUUGUACUCAAUCAGUCUGAUCGUCUCCGAGCACAAGUAUGUCCCUGGCUUCAACAUCUUCGCCGGUGCCUUCCUCGGUGUCUGCGCUGGUCUGCUCUGGGCCGCGCAGGGAACAAUCAUGAUGUCCUACCCAGCUGAGCACCAGAAAGGUCGCUACUUUGCCUGGUUCUGGGGUAUUUUCAACGUCGGUGCUUGCAUCGGUAGCUUGAUCCCCCUCGGCCAAAACAUCCACGUCAAGACCAACUCCAACGUCACCGAUGGCACCUACAUCGCCUUCAUCGUGCUGAUGUUUGCAGGCGCCUGUCUAGCCCUGUUCCUCUGUGACGCAAACAAGAUUGUCCGCCCAGACGGCUCCCGCGUCAUCCUCAUGAAGCAACCCUCCUGGAAAACAGAGUUCAUCGGCCUCUGGGAUACAAUCCGCUCCGAGCCAUGGAUCGUCCUCCUCUUCCCCAUGUUCUGGUCUUCCAACUGGUUCUACACAUACCAGCAGAACGCCAUCAACGGCUCGUACUUCAACACCCGCACCAAGGCGCUGAACGGCUUCCUCUACUGGUUCGCGCAGAUCGUCGCCGCUGUCAUUAUCGGUCCCCUGCUUGAUGUCGAGCGUGUGCGUCGCUCUGUUCGGGCUAAGAUUGCGCUUACCACGCUUUUCCUGUUGACUGUUAUUAUCUGGGGUGGUGGCUAUGCUUGGCAGAAGAAGUAUACCCGUGCCGACGUCGAUCCUAAGAUUCAUCCUGAGUUCAAGGGCUGGGAUUGGUCUACUGAUGGUUAUGUUGGUCCUAUGUUCUUGUACUUCUUCUACGGAAUGUACGAUGCUAUCUGGCAGGGUGUUGUUUACUGGAUUAUGGGUGCCCUCGGCAACUCAGGCCGCAAGCUCGCCAACCUGGCUGGUUUCUACAAGGGUCUCCAAUCAGCCGGUGCAGCCGUCAUGUGGAGUCUGGAUAACAACAAGCUCCCCUUCAUGAACGAAUACGCCUCCAACUUCGGUCUGCUGUGCGGCUCGAUCCUCGUCGCCGUCCCGGUCGUCUUCUUCAAGAUCAAGGACUCCGUCCCGGUCGAGGAGGAUCUUGCCGGAACAGACGAGACCCUCGACGAUGUUCUUCCCCCCGGCGCUGUCGAGUCGAAGCAUGUUGGCGAUGAGAAGAUCUGA